GGAGGAGGAGGAGGAGGAGGCCCGGUGUGUGCGGCUGGUGCGUCGCUCCGCAGCAGUGCGCCACACUCACUAUGGCUUUAGGCGCAAGCAGGACGCUCUUGGCGCUAUUCCUCACGUUUUGCGCACCAGGAUGCGGAUGGGCAGAGAAGUCCCUGCGGCCACAUGGUGGGAAACAAUCACCUGCAGACAAGGAUGUGAAGGACAGCUGGGAGUCGUCCAUCCAUCUUGAUGGAAGACCUGUGGACCGCUUUGCCAUCAGCUCCAGCAGGCCCAUGCGCUUUCACCGCUUCACUAAAGCGGACAAGGACAGCCGCUCUCCACCGCUGGAGGAUGUUGACCCUGAAUGGGUUAACUUGGAUGGAUUCGCUGUGGUUAGCGGUGCACCUGUCCGCAACACAUCAACAGGUCCGGCCCUGCUCCCUGCUAGAAAGGAUGCUUCUGUACAACACGCCACCAGGGUGAACAGAACAGCUGACCCAUCACGGGCAUACAGGAGUCGGGCCCAAAGGAGGCCGCCUCAGUCCUCCUCCGGCCCUAGGCUGCCUGAAAAGACUUCAGCAGGAGCCGCCAGUCUGGACAGGAGGCGAAACUUCCACACCAAACCUCAAUCUGACCAGAGGAACCGUAACAUGCCCAAACUAACAUCUGAGUCCGUUCAUGUGGUGUCACUGCAGGCACAGAAAGCACUGGGCCAGAGCGCACCCGUCAACAGAGCGGUCACAACCAAAGCAAGCACACCAGAACCACAGGAGUACGAGGCCCGAGACAUCAGUGUCAGGGUCAUGUCCCCCCAAUCUGUCCUCAUAUCCUGGGUUGACCCUGCUGUGGAGAUGGAGAAGGUCACACCUGGUGGAUCCAGAUACUACACGGUGAGGUACAGGGAGAAGGGGGAGUCUGCGCGCUGGGAGUACAAAGAGGGUACACAGCGAAGAAUGAUGAUAGACUCCCUCUCUGCUGACGGCAUGUACGAGUUCUCGGUCAGGAUCUCUCAGGGACAGAACAACGGCAAGUGGAGCGUCUCUGUCUUUCAGAGGACACCAGAGUCAGCGCCAUCUGGUCCACCGGAGAACUUCGAGGUAAAGCCACUAAGAGGUAAAGGAACUGCUGUCACAGCGACGUGGGAUCCACCGGAAGAACCCAACGGGAGGAUAAGAGAGUACAUCCUGUCUUAUGCUCCCGCUAUGAAGCCGUUUGGGAUGAAAAGCGUGACGUACCGCAGCAGCACCACCUCGGCCACCAUCGACGGUCUGACGCCUGGAGACCGGUACAUCUUCAAGAUUAGAGCAACAAACAGGAGGGGACAGGGUCCACAGAGCAAGGCCUUCAGUGUCGUCAUGCCAGGAACCAGCAGCGCUGCCUCAUCACUGUCAAAAACCAAGGAGAGCCACAGGACGAGCCCUGCUGCCUCCAAACAGGAAGCGGACCUCCAGUCAACAAAAGUGACAGAAAAACUGACCGAAGCGGCGCAACCGCCACCUGCCAAUAGGCGGGUACGCCCACUUUCCCAGACGCGCUCCUAUCACAGCAUCUUCUCUUCAGUGAGGGGCUCCGUGAGGAAUGUGGUGAACAGAGGCAGUUCUUCCAGAGGAAGAGACGCAGAAGAUGAGGAAGAAGAAGAAGAUGAGAAAAUACCCACAACACUGCCUUCAGUCUUGGAGACAACAACAGAGGUUGUACAGGAAAAAAAAGAACCAAACAAUGAUAUUUCUCCUGAACCAGAGGAUGGAGUGGAUUAUAACCAAGAAGAAGACACGCGGACUCCCGAGACCCCCAGCCUCAAAAUUUGGACUCCAUCUCCAACUAAACCUGCUCCCAGCAAUUACAAUCCUCCACCCAGAAGGCCCAUUAAGAUCAGGGUCCAUCAAAGACCAUUAUCCAAGGGUGCCUCCUCCUCUGCUAUAUCUCGAUCUUCUAAUUCAAGCUCCUCUUCUCCUGAUUCCUCAUCUUUUUUUCUUCCCAUUUCCUCCUCCCAUAUCCAAGAGUCUACCUCCAUUGGAAAGGAAAUCACAGCUUCCCAAUACCCAGAUCUCAAAAAUACCUACGCUCAGCCCAGUAUAGAACACUCCAAACCCUCCAUUUCACCUGUAAAGCAGCUUCAGACAGAGUCUCCAACAGUAACUAGAGGUUUCGCUUCAGCGGUUCGCACCAACAGCUCUAGCUUUAGCAAUAGAUAUGGUUACGGAAGACGAAAUCCUGGAGUUCUGCUUAGAGGGAAUUCAACCAGAAUGUUAAAUGGUUACAAACCUGGAUCAACCUCCGCUAUCUCCUCAAAGUCAAAUUUGCCAAGCAGAACUCCAAGCCAUGUAACAGUAAAUAUAGCAACAUCACAGGCAAAUUCAUUAAGUGGGACACAAAACCAUGACGCAUCAAAUACUUUCAAUUUAUCAACAUCUAAGACACAAGGCUCUUCCACCGUUGCAUCGACUUCACAGAGCAGAUCCCAGUUCCCGUCCACCGCAUACACGCAUGGUUUCUCUCGAUCUCACAACUCUGCAAUGUCACACAAUUCAGACACAUCACCUGAGCUCGAAACGACUCACAGAGAGGAUAAUUAUGACAGCAAUUACAAAAACACAGAAGAUACAGAUGUUCAGGAGCCUAGCUCAAACUCGAAAAGUGACACACAGUCCACAGUAGAGACAAGGCGGGAGGAGAGCAGUUAUCAAAAACCUGUUGUCUCCCGAACCAGAAUUAGCCCUUCAUUUGCGAAGAGAUUCCCUUGGCUUGCUGGUCGGUAUCCGGGCAGGUUUGGUUCCGAAACAAGAGUCUCGUCUUCUAGGCAGGAUGGCAGGACGUCAUCCUCGAUAGGGGCUAGUAAACCCAUUUUGAGAGGGACACCCAGUAGGAUCUCAGAGCCCACAGGUGCUACAGGAGUAUCAUCAAUUCAGGAGACUCGUGAAGAUCUGAUGAGUAUUUCAACACAAGAUACACUUAAGAACGGGGUGGGAGUGGGUUUACUUAAACCUUCGUUGACUAGUCGAAAUCCAGAAAUUAGUGAUACUCUCAGCUCAGCUAAAACGUCUACUUCAAUCAUUGAUUCCGCAAGUGAGCCUGUCCACAGGGGAGGUCCUAAUGAGAAAAAUAAAGAUGAUCAGGAGCUUUUCAGUGAGGACCACAAACAAAUGAAUGCAGAUCCUACUGCUAACCCUCAAAGAACAGCUGAUGAAAACGAGACUGUAGAUACUAAGGAUGGAGCUAACCCAAGGCCUGGCUCAUCUUCAGUCAUCACUUCAUCUCAUCGUCGUCCAAGCGUAGGGGUUAAUGGCAGGGUACGUUCUCCAUUUCUGGGUAACAGGCAGUUUGGUGGUUCUAGGUUCCCCAUCAAACCACAGCCAGCGCAGAAUUCCAGGUUGGGUACAUCAAUGUCUGAUUCCUCACCAUCAAGUUCUUCAACUUCAUUUGAUGCCUUUUCUUCCUCAAAACCUCUGCAACCAAUUGUGACCUCAAAUCGGAACACUGGCAGUAGCAGCACCACCGCAACAAAGACAGGAGAUUUAAUUGGAGGCACUUCCCAUGCUGCAUCAUCAUCAUCAAUACCAUCUUCAUCAUCAUUUAGAGACAGCUUAAGGAGCCAAGGGGGUCGGUCUCGCUAUCCGAGUCUCAGAGGGAAACAAACUAAUGGAGGAGUCAAACCUGGCAGUGAAAAUGGCAAAAAUGGACGCCCAAACCUGACAGCACCAAGUGACAAAGAAUCACCUUCUUCUCAUGGCAUCAGCAAGUCUGUUGGUCAAAGGUUUAUUACCGGACCUGAUGGGGCCAAAUGGGUGAUAGACCUGGAGCAAGGACUUCUUAUGAACCAGGAUGGUCAAGUUCUACAAGACUCUCAGGGCCAACCCAAGAGAGUGGUGCUUGGCGAGGAUGGACGCACCAUUUUUGACCACAUGGGCAGUCCCUUGGUAAACCAGGAAGGUCUGGCUCUGUUUGGCCACAGUCGAGACAGCAGGCCUGUGGUCAACCCCAAAGAGAAGGUCCUUACGGUUGGGGGGAAACCGUUAGUCGGAUUGGACCUGCCUCACCUCAGGACCACCACCACGACAACCACCACCACCACCACCCCUCCUCCUACCACACCUGAACCCAAAACCACUGAGUGGACUACAGAGGAAUCCACCUCUCCACCUCUAUACCCAACCUGUCCGCCCGGAACCUUCUCCAAAACAGAUGAAUAUGGAUAUCCAGUGCUGGACCCAGAGGGAAUAUUGGACUGUUAUCCAGAAGAGGAAUCUUCAGGAAUGGAAAUGGACGACAUGGUUACAGUGAACAUGCUGCCUGACGCUUUAGCUCUUACGGAAGAUGACUUUGUUGUCCAGACCAACCUACCGCCAACCACCACGACCACCACCACUGAAACCACCACAGACAUCCCAACUCCAGAGCCAGACACCAGACCCUUCAACAAAAGCCCUUCGUCUGUGUUUGAUCUCAGCGGGAAAAAGCGGUUCACAGCUCCAUAUGUGAACUACAUCCAGAAGGAUCCGGGUGCUCCUUGCUCCUUGACAGAAGCUCUGGAGUACCUUCAAGUAGACAUCCUAGAAAACCUGAUGGAUAAGAACAACAUGGCCCUCAAUCACAACCAGCUGCCCAAAAACAAGCCCCAUAAUCUCACUGUGGUUGCCAUGGAGGGUUGUCACUCAUUCAUCAUCCUGGACUGGGACUGCCCACUGAAGGAUGAUAUGGUGUCAGGCUACAUGGUUCACAGUGCUUCAUAUGAUGAUGUGCUCAAUAAUCGAUGGUCAUCCAGAACAUCCACUGGGACCCACCUGGCUGUGGAGAAUCUCAAACCCAACUCUAGGUACUAUUUCAAAGUCCAGGCCAAGAAUGUGUUUGGUUUGGGACCCAUCAGUGAUACACUCACCUACGUGACUGAAUCAGAUGAUCCUCUCCUUAUUGAAAGGCCACCUGGUGGAGAGCCAAUAUGGAUCCCCUUUAGUUUCAAGUAUAACUCAGCCCACAGCGCCUGUAAGGGUGGCCAGUACGUCAAACGGACCUGGUACAGGAAGUUUGUGGGAGUGGUUUUAUGUAACUCCCUACGAUACAAAAUCUUCAUGGGAGAGGGUCUUAGAGAGCCUUUUUACAGUAUAGGGGACACCUUUGGCCAAGGAGAAGACCACUGCCAAUUUGUGGACUCCUACAGGGAUGGAAGGACAGGUCCGUCUUACCAAUCAAGUCUCCUGCCUACAGCACAAGGUUUCUACCGUGCAUACAGACAGGAGCCAGUCACAUUUGGACUUAUCGGUCGACGUACACCCCAUCCUUUUGUGGGCUGGUAUGAGUGCGGGGUGCCCAUUCCUGGGAAGUGGUAACACAGGAGUGCACGAGAUGUUGUGACCGAGGGCAAAUGUUCUUCACCCUGCUGCAGCUUCCUGACUUGUUCCGCCCUGAAAAAAAAAAAACCUGACUUUUGACACCCACAGCAGAAAGACACCACUACAGAUUCACAAUGGCUCCACAGAAAGAGAAUAUAAUACUUUUAAACAAAAUAAUGUAUAUCAUUACAAUGCACUUUUUUAUAGAAAGCAGUCUGUAUAUGAGGGGAAAAAGAAGCAUGUGUGCUCUUGCUUUAACUCUUAUCACAAAGUGUCCUUGUACUACUUCAAAUAAUUUCAGAGACGGAUCCCGAACCAGCCUUAUUUAUCUCAUUCUAAUGCACAACCGAAAAACAAACUGUAAGAAAGGGCACUUAAGGUUUGUAUAGGUCUGUUCAGUUUUUGUUGUUUGUGAGAUUUAUUUGUAUUUCAUAGAUGCCUUUGACAAAUACUCUGUAGUAUGGAAGCCCCCUACCCCGAAUUAUAAAAAAAACAAAAAAACAGUUUUAUGGGUUCCUUGGAUGACUCCAAAACACAACCAGGAUAAUAAUAAUAAUAAAAAAAAAGCGGCUUCAAGCCAAAUGUUCAAGAUGGCGCCCAUAGUGGACAUUUCGGGUUUCAUUUGUGACUAUAGACUAACUACCUGCAUAAUGGAAUUGUAUGGGACAAGCUAAAAAACAAAAACAAAACAAAACACACUAAUCCGCUUCUUUUUACCACUAAACAGGCAAAACGGUAUUAGAAAUGUCUGGUAUUAUGGAUAGGAUUCUUACGGAGGUAAACGUGUGCAAGCUUACCUCAUUAAAUGUGAAGAAUCUUUUUAAGAAGACUUAUUAUACAGUUCAUUUAACCUUAGUCUCCAGUCCAUGGGGUGGCACUGUGUUUCAGUGAGACAUCAAAAGUCGAUUGCCGGAAAGGAACUCUGUCUUACAGAAUGAGCUCCUCGUGGGGCUGACCCCCAACAAAUUCAAAAUGUUAGUAUUUCAUAUUCAACAAUUUUCCAUGGGAAGACAGUUGCAUGUCACAAUAAAUUGAGUUGUACCUCGAUGGCCUCCUUCAUGAGUUUUAAAUUCAAAAUGGAAUACAAAAUGGCCCCCAAAUGAAUGUUUUCCUUGACAAUGCGUCAUCAUAAACAAUAGAAUUAAUUAUAACAGAAUAUCAUAUUUUGACGGCCAUUUUGUACACCAUCUUUAAUAUCUGUUUUGAGGGCAAUUAUUUUUGUGAACAUCCAGAUUAUGUUUUGGGAUUGUCAAGGAACCCCCCAUCCCACCCCAAACUACUUGGAGCUACUUUAGAGGGGAGAGGGUGGCCAAAGGGGGCAGUCCUUGUUCCCCUAUUAUGUGUUGUUGAACCUUCUUCUUGUUUUUUAAACACUUUUUAGGUAUUCAUCAGAUACUGUAUAAAGUUUAGUAUUUACGGAUAAAGAAUAAAAGACAAAGUAUUUGCUCAGGAAAUGCGGGAGAUUAAAUAAAGGUGCUAUGAAAACCACAGUCAUC